ACAAACAUGGCGGUGGACUGGAGCGGACCGGGGUUCACGCUGACUUUACUCGUGUUUUCUUGCGUUUUUCCGGGCGGUAGAGCCGUGGAGGCGGCGGCGGACUCCAGAGGAGGACCCCGGGUACUCGGCAUGCGGCUGGAGAGGAGCGACACCCCCGCGGGGACCACCGAGAGAGGCGUGAUCCAGGUGACGGAGGGCAGCGACAUCCUGCUCCGGUUCUACGGGCUCCGCUUGCUGCCGAACACUUCGUCGCUGCUCAAGUUCACCGAACUUUAUUCGAGCGAACAGCUGGACGACGUCGCCGGCGCGUUGGCGAACCCGGUGAACAGGACGUGCACGGAGCUGACAAAGGACAUAGAAGUGAAGGGGUUGAUGGUGGUGAGUAACCACAACACCUCCGGGGUGGUCAGCCUCCGCGUCAAGCAGCUGCGGAAGAGCGAAGUCGUCAAGGUGUUCGCUUUGUGCGUCCGCGAAGUCCGCGCAGCCCAGGCGAACUCUGAGGAGGAGAUGUGGUUUCUGCUGGACGAACAGGACGGGAGAGUUCGUGUGGUGGAGGUGGCGAAGUCCUUGUUACCUGUGUGGCUGCAGGUGAUCCUCAUAUGCUUCUUGUUGGUGCUUUCAGGCAUGUUCAGCGGGUUGAACCUGGGUUUGAUGGCGUUGGACCCGAUGGAGCUGCGCAUCGUGCAGAGCUGUGGCACUGAGAAGGAGAAGAAAUACGCAAGGAAGAUAGAGCCCAUACGCAGAAAGGGCAACUACCUGCUGUGCUCAUUGCUUCUGGGCAAUGUCCUGGUGAACACCACCCUCACUAUCCUCCUGGAUGACCUCACCAAGUCAGGCAUAGGUGCAGUAGUGGCCUCCACAGUGGGCAUUGUGAUCUUUGGUGAAAUUGUCCCACAGGCGUUGUGUUCAAGGCACGGCUUGGCUGUCGGUGCCAACACCAUCAUGGUGACUAAGUUGUUCAUGUUGCUGACUUUCCCCUUGUCUUGGCCCAUUAGUAAGAUUCUAGACUGUGUGUUAGGGCAGGAGAUAGGCACUGUGUAUAACAGGGAGAAGCUGGUGGGGAUGCUGAAGGUGACGGAGCCCUACAACGACCUGGUGAAGGAGGAGCUGAAUAUGAUCCAAGGAGCGCUGGAGCUGCGUACCAAGACUGUGGAGGACGUGAUGACCCCUGUGGGAGACUGCUUCAUGAUCCACAGCGACACAGUGCUGGACUUCAACACCAUGUCUGAGAUCAUGGAGAGUGGGUACACGAGGAUACCGGUGUACGAGCACGAGAGGUCCAACAUCGUGGACAUCCUGUACGUGAAGGACUUGGCCUUCGUGGACCCGGAUGACUGCACCACCCUGAAGACCAUCACCAAGUUCUACAACCACCCGGUGCACUUUGUGUUCCACGACACCAAGCUGGACUCCAUGCUGGAGGAGUUCAAGAAAGGAAAAUCCCACCUGGCCAUCGUCCAGAAGGUGAACAACGAGGGUGAGGGAGAUCCGUUCUACGAGGUGUUGGGGUUGGUCACCCUGGAAGACGUCAUCGAGGAGAUCAUCAAAUCAGAGAUCCUGGAUGAAUCGGACCUUUACACUGAUAACCGCAACAGGAAAAAGGUGGUUCCCAAUAAGAAUAAGAGAGACUUCUCCGCCUUCAAACAGAGCGAGAGCGAAUCUAAAGUGAAGAUCUCUCCUCAGCUGCUGCUGGCCGCACAUCGCUUCCUGGCUACAGAGGUGAGCUUGUUCAGCCCGUCUCAGAUCUCAGACAAGGUGCUGCUGAGAAUCCUGCGCCACCCGGACGUGAUCCAGGAGAUCAAGUUCAACGACGGCGACAAGCGCUCGCCCCAUCACUACGUCUACCAGAGGGGCAAGCCCGUCGACUACUUCGUGCUCAUCCUGCAGGGACGAGUGGAGGUGGAGGCCGGCAACGAAAACAUGAAGUUUGAGACCGGACCUUUCUCGUUCUACGGCGUCAUGGCGAUCAACGUUCCCACACUGGAGUUCCGUUCGCCGUCCAACCUCAGCGGGUUGAACCGCACGGCCUCUCUGAGCGGCGCCGACCGGACGGAGUCGCUCUCCGUCAGCGGCAGCAACAGUCAGCUCAACAACAGUCAGCUCAACAACAGUCAGCUCAACAACAGCAUCCCCGCGCAGCAGUACACGCCCGACUUCUACGUCCGAGCGCUCACCGACCUGCAGUUCGUCAAGAUCACGCGGGCCCAGUACCAGAACGGCCUGAUGGCGUCCCGUCUGGACAGCACGCCCCAGUCCCCGGAGAGCAGCCACAACGCGGUUUACCUGGACCAAACCACUCCCCCCGCCGCCAUUACCGCCACCCCCAACACCACCAUCACGGACCUGGGAGCCGACUGCACCCCGACGGAGAACGGGCCGGACGAGACGACGCUCCUCCUCCUCAACGAGCAGAACUCACCGCACACAGCCAACCACCACAGCCAGCUGGAGAACAGCAUUUGACCCCCACCAACACCACCAACACCAACACCACCACAAUACUCCACCGUCUGCACGCAUGCACUACUACGCUCGAAUGUAUGCUGAGGAGGGGAGGACUGUUUAUGUGUGUGUGUAUGUGUGUGUGUGUGUGUGUGAAAGUAGGAAUGCAGACACACAUGACAUAAAGAGACAAGCCAUGUGCAUGCAUAUUGUGUAAAUAUGCAAAGGAUUAAACGCACACACAUUUUAUUGUGGGAACUUUUCCUUCAUAAAUCGACAGAAAGGAGUAUCAGUAUGUUUGUGUGUGUGUAUGUGUGUGUGUGUGUGUGUGUGUGUGUGUGUGUGUGUGUGUGUGUGUGUGUGUGUGUGUGUGUUUGCACAUGCUCCUUAAUGUAUUGACUGAUCUGAAGGACCUGUUUGUCUGGACCAGGAAGCUCCUCCCUCUCUCGCCCCGUCGACGUCAUUCAGAGGCCACGCCGAGCUUGUUUUUAAAUAUGUGUGUCUGUGUGUCUGUGUGUGUGUGUGUGUGUGUGUGUGUGUGUGUGUGUGUGUGUGUGUGUGUGUG